GUGUGUCUAGCAGGCCUAUUGUGAUGUAAAUGAAGGUUCCACAUACCACUCGGGCAGAGUUCAAUGUGCCGUAUUUAAAAGGGUGUGUUCCAUUGCCUGUUUGUUAUACUUGGCUACCUUCAUAAUAGGGGAGGUGUUACAUAAACUGUAAGUUUCAUUUAGUCAGAAAUGGUUUUGUCGCAUGCUGGUCACCUGUUUUGUAGUUAACGGAGAGCAACGUUCUACUUCAGAUUUGACAGUAUAUGUACAGUUUUGCGAGGGCCAACAGUCAGGCGUCCUACGGUGACCGACAUGGAUACAACAGCUCUGAUCUACAAGGUCCUCUGUGCCCAUAAUGGGUCCUUUGAGCUGGGAGAAUUGCGUGCCAACAUUAGCACGAUGGAAGAUGACCUGGAAAGUGUUUUAGGGAAUCCGGAGAUGUUUACCAGGGCUGUCUCUAUGGGAAACAAACUGAUAGUUGCCAAGACGAAGAUGAGGUUAUGCAGAGCUAAUGGAUGUAGUGGCUGCAGCAAUUUACACCUGUGUAAGUUCUACCUGUAUGGAACAUGUCCAUCCAAUCAGAGACAAGGAUGCCGUCUCUGCCAUGAGCUGACGUCAGAGCACAACAUCAGAGUCCUGAGAGAGCAUUACCUGGAGGAACUGGACAGGAAGGAGCUGUGUACAUUACUGCUGCAGAAUGACAACGCCCUUUUACCCCCAGUUUGCUUCACAUACAACAAAGGUAGUGGAGAGUACGGAUACUGUCCUGACAAAGGGAGCUGCAGAAGACUGCACGUCUGUGAGCGCUACAUUACAGGAACCUGUGCUGCAGAGGUGGACUGUGACAGGUCUCACGACUUCUACGAGCCCCACCCGCUCAACACCCUACAGCAGAGGGGACUACCUAAUGAACUGGUGGCAUCCAUGUUGUCCACCUACCGCAACAACCAGGCAAUCGGGCAUACUAAUGAUGCUAGUAACACACUUUGCAAAAAAGACUCCGACUGCCUGCUGAAAUCCAAAGUUUUACCCAGUCACUGGGAUAAAUCUUCAGUACCUGAAACUGGAUUCAAGAGGGUUGCUCUGCAGAGUUCCUCAGCUGAGCACAAGAAUAUUCUGGAUCUUUUCCACCAAACUAUGACUGGCUUCAGUGUGAAGACUAUUGAGAGGGUGCAGAAUCGGAUCCUGUGGGAGGUCUUUUCGUGGCAAGGAGAUGUGAUGAGAAAGGCAAAUGCAGGGAAAGGGAAUGAGAAGCAGCUCUUCCAUGGAACAGACUCUAAACACGUGGACGCUAUAUGCCUGCAGAACAUAGCCUGGAGGAUGGGUGGAACACAAGGAACGCCCUAUGGGCAAGGAAGCUACUUCUCUAAGGAUGCCAAGUUCUCCCACAGCUACACCAGCCAGUCAGGAGUCAGGUCCAUGUUUGUUUGUCGUGUGCUGGUGGGAAAUUACACGCAAGGACACUCCAGCUACCUCUGCCCCCCUUCAAAAGAUGGAAGUCACACCAUCUCCUAUGACAGCUGUGUGGAUGAUAUCUACAACCCCUCUGUAUUUGUGGUGGUCGGGAAGCAUCAGGUUUACCCAGAGUACCUUAUUCAGUACAGGGAAGGGUCCAGGCCUGGGACCUAUGUUCCACCACCUAACUUUGUUCAAAACCAGAGCCACCACAACAUGCACUGGACAUCUAUUCCAGUCAUGCCAAGCUCACCAGCCACCCCUGUGCUGCCCUACAAUGCAAGGUUCAGAUCUCCUUGCCCAACAGGACAGAGAACCCCCAGACCUACCUUGACACAUGCUUCUGCACAGUUUGGCUCCCUGAACUCCGUGACACAUCCAUUGUUUCAGUCAGGUCUGAUGACGUAUGUCUCUCCUCCACCACCCUGGGUCGGCUCUAUGACCUCCAUACCACACGCACCUCCAUCAAGGACAAGAAGAUCACAGUUUACUAAAAUGAAAGCAAAAAGUACAUCUAUGGCAUCACUAGAUAAUCUAUAAGUCUUGGUAGUCAAUUUUUUAUUUUGAAAUUUAGGAGGAAAUUACCUUUUUUAUGUAUAAAUAAAUUAUAUUUAUGAAAUUGUGUCCUUUUUAGGUGUUGGUAGAGCAUGGUGCAUGUAGUGGUUUUUAUUCCCUGGACCACCCAUACGUAAAGUGACUGCACGCAUUUCUGUAAAUCACUUUGGAUGAGAGUUUGAUAAAUGGCAUAUAUCAUGUGUUGACAAAAUAAUCAGAAUUCGGCUGUCUGUGUAAAUGCAGUCAUGGUAGUUUCUGAAUGCACAACUGCAUACAACAUUUAUUGUUUUUUUCAUUUUUAAAUGUG